CGAAGCUAAAUCAAUUCUAAUCAUUCCCAAACGUUUGAUUCGAUUCUUCAAUGGUGUGUAGAUCUAAUUGUUUGGGCCCCUUUGGACAUUGAUCGUUAAGCUCUUGAAAGCUAUCAAAAUUUGAAAAAAAUCAGUACAAAAACCCCUUCAGACCUCUGCUUAAUCCUAAUAUCAAGAUCCUUCACGAUGUGCAACUUCUGCAGCCAGCAAGAGAGCCCCUGUCCGCAGAUUCCCUACGCUUGUCCGAACUGUCCGGUACGGGACAUCACCAGGAGUUGUUCGCUGCAGCGGAGGACCAUCAACCGAGAGCAUCUACUGCCGGACAAGAACAGGCCAUACCCGAACCAGUGCGACACGAUGCCCGAGAAAUGGCUGGAGCUGAACCGCAGGCUGAUCGCCACGAUGGCCGAGAAGAUGCAUCGCUCAACGCAGACCAUCCACUACAUGCUGCUGCGCCUGCUUCACGCCAACUACGCCGGUGUCUUGCAGAUCGUUCGCAGGCGACGGGCGUACAAGGUUCCGAUAAGUGGCUACCCGGACGCCCUUUUCUCCAACUUCUCUCUGUUCAACGAUCUGGGAUAUAUCACCAUUCCAAUGGCUCCGGAGGCUGUCGGCAAGCUGAUGCGGAUGAUGCAGGACUAUGUGUCCCAAAUGCAGCUGCUGAACCGCCAGUAUAAGUGGUUCAGAAACGGCCAGGACAAGGGCGACCUGGUGGGCCUGCUGGGGAAGCAGGACGAGCUGCUGAAGCUGCUUCGUGCCCUGUUUAGAGACAGCGACUCGACGUUCAUAAAGGAUAUGCUCAAGACGCUGCUCUAUCUGGAUCUGUUCGUUGUUUUCGGCAAGUGGACGGUGGAUCGAAAGCGCUCCAACAUGAUAAGGGGUAUCUCAGACCUGUACGCGGGCGUAGCGGGCUCAAAAGCCCAGAUCCCGACUCGUUCUCCAUUGAAAGUUACUGCAGAAAAGAUGGCAAAUCCCCCAAUUUGCUCGGCAUAUAAAACAGCAGAUCCGGAGACCAGGACCAUGGUAGCAACACCCAAGCCAUCGCGAGACAACGAGCUCCUUAAGAUCUUCAAAGAAUAUUUGGAAACCAGGAAGGCUCCGUCGGAAGACUUUAUUCUGCCGUUCGGCAAAGCUCGUCUGACCCAAGUUCACGAAAGUCGCAGCAACAAGACCACCCACCGAAGAAGCGUAGAGUAAUCAUGAGAGGCGCCUGCUGGCGAUGGCGGCUGCCCCAAACGUUUGCUACGUUUUGUGGUAGCUGCUGUUGCCAUCGGCUGCCUCCUGUAGAAAUGCAGUUUGUACAGUUUUGUGGUUGUCCCAUCGGAAUUUAGUUUAAAUUUGAAAUAAACUUGUGUAAAGGUGUACAAAGAGAA